GUCGCGCAAAUGAGCAAGCAGCGCAGCGUACGACGAUUGGUUUUGUGAUGUGAUUGUGAUGUGCGUGGAAAAUGGCUCUGCUUUUUGUAACAAAUUAAUGUGGACUUAUUGGAAAAUAUUAUUUCUUGCGAAAUUGUAAUGUGAACGACGUCGUCUUAACAUUAAUAACACAUGUAUUGAACUAUGAUAACGAAAAUGCAACCUCAAGCAAAUGUUGCCGUGCCACAGUCUGUCACAACGCAAUCUCAACAAAUUGUUGGCGUUCCAGCGAAUGCCGUGAUCUUGAAAAUGUCUGACAUCCAACAAAUAUCAACAGUGGGGCUUCUGGAACUUGCUCAUCGCGAGUAUCAGGCAGGUGACUAUGAAAGCGCAGAGUUGCAUUGUAUGCAGCUAUGGCGACAGGACGGGACAAACACUGGGGUGCUGCUGUUACUGUCUUCUAUUCAUUUUCAAUGUCGGCGACUUGACAAAUCUGCACACUUCUCCACAUUGGCUAUUAAACAGAACCCUCUCUUGGCUGAAGCCUAUAGCAAUCUUGGUAAUGUCUACAAGGAGCGUGGACAGUUGCAAGAGGCCCUGGAAAACUACAGACAUGCGGUGAGACUAAAGCCAGACUUCAUCGAUGGCUACAUCAACCUGGCUGCAGCUCUUGUGGCUGCCGGUGACAUGGAACAGGCAGUGCAAGCAUAUGUUACUGCUUUACAAUAUAAUCCUGAUCUGUACUGCGUCCGAAGCGACUUGGGCAAUUUGCUCAAGGCUUUAGGUCGCCUGGACGAGGCAAAGGCUUGUUACUUGAAGGCCAUCGAAACUAGGCCAGACUUUGCCGUGGCAUGGAGUAACUUGGGAUGCGUGUUCAACGCACAGAGUGAAAUCUGGCUUGCUAUACACCAUUUUGAAAAGGCUGUGGCCUUGGAUCCCAAUUUCUUGGAUGCUUAUAUCAACUUGGGCAAUGUCCUCAAAGAAGCAAGAAUUUUUGACAGGGCUGUGGCAGCAUAUCUACGUGCACUUAAUUUGUCUCCGAAUAAUGCGGUCGUGCAUGGUAACUUGGCGUGCGUAUAUUACGAACAAGGGCUUAUUGAUUUAGCUAUCGAUACAUACAGAAGGGCUAUAGAACUACAACCCAAUUUCCCUGAUGCGUAUUGUAAUUUAGCUAAUGCCCUAAAGGAAAAGGGUCAGGUAGCCGAUGCGGAAGAAUGCUACAACACAGCGUUACGUCUUUGCCCAUCUCACGCAGAUUCACUGAACAAUCUAGCUAAUAUAAAACGGGAGCAAGGUUACAUCGAAGAAGCGACUAGGUUAUACUUAAAGGCGCUGGAAGUGUUUCCCGAGUUCGCGGCAGCUCAUAGCAAUUUAGCGUCUGUUUUGCAACAGCAAGGGAAACUCAACGAAGCACUUAUGCAUUACAAAGAAGCCAUUCGUAUUCAGCCUACUUUUGCGGAUGCUUACAGUAAUAUGGGCAACACUCUAAAAGAAAUGCAAGACGUCGCAGGGGCAUUGCAAUGCUACACUAGGGCCAUUCAGAUCAACCCAGCGUUCGCCGAUGCACACAGCAACCUUGCCAGUAUUCAUAAAGAUUCUGGUAAUAUCCCAGAAGCAAUUCAAUCGUAUAGAACAGCUCUCAAGCUAAAACCAGAUUUCCCUGAUGCGUACUGUAAUUUAGCGCAUUGCUUGCAAAUUGUCUGCGAUUGGACUGAUUAUGAAGCUCGCAUGAAGAAACUAGUUAGCAUUGUGGCGGAACAACUAGAGAAGAAUAGAUUGCCCUCCGUCCACCCUCAUCACUCGAUGUUGUACCCACUGACACAUGAUUUUAGAAAGGCUAUCGCAGCCCGCCAUGCUAACUUAUGUUUAGAAAAAGUUCAAGUUCUUCACAAACCCCCUUACAAGUUCCCACGUGAUUUGCAAGGCCGCUUGCGUAUCGGCUACGUUAGCAGUGACUUCGGUAAUCACCCCACAUCGCAUUUAAUGCAGUCUGUGCCAGGUCUUCACGACCGAUCAAAAGUGGAAAUUUUCUGUUACGCUUUGAGUCCUGACGACGGUACGACAUUCCGCUCGAAGAUAGCAAGAGAAGCCGAGAAUUUCAUUGACUUAUCUCAGAUGCCGUGCAACGGCAAAGCUGCAGACAAAAUAUAUUCUGACGGUAUUCAUAUUCUCGUCAAUAUGAAUGGAUACACUAAAGGAGCUAGGAAUGAGAUAUUCGCUUUGAGACCGGCACCUAUUCAGGUGAUGUGGCUGGGAUAUCCAGGAACCAGUGGAGCUAGUUAUAUGGAUUAUUUAGUGACAGAUGCGGUGACGUCCCCGUUAGAGCUGGCUAGCCAAUAUAGCGAGAAGCUAGCGUACAUGCCACACACAUACUUCGUUGGCGACCAUAAGCAGAUGUUCCCUCAUUUGCAAGAGCGGCUAAUUCUCAGUGACAAGAUUAAGGGUCACAAUAAUUUGGGCGGUGUUGCCGACAACGUGGCAGUCAUAAAUGCCACUGAUCUUUCCCCGUUGGUUGAGAAUACGGAUGUCAAAGAAAUAAAAGAAAUUGUACGAGCAGCCAGACCUGUCGAAAUCUCGUUGAAAGUUGCGGAACUACCUACUACUACACCGAUCGAAACUAUGAUUGCUUCUGGACAAGUACAGACGUCAGUAAAUGGAGUUAUACUUCAAAAUGGCUUGGCUACCACUCAGACCAAUAACAAAGCCGCCACAGGGGAAGAAGUACCCCAAUCCAUAGUUAUAACGACAAGACAGCAAUAUGGCUUGCCGGACGACGCAGUAGUUUAUUGCAACUUCAACCAGCUGUAUAAGAUUGAUCCGCUGACAUUACAUAUGUGGGUGUACAUAUUGAAGCAUGUGCCAAAUAGUGUCUUGUGGUUAUUGAGAUUCCCUGCAGUCGGAGAACCAAAUCUACUAGCGACUGCUCAGCAACUAGGUCUCCCGCCAGGACGUAUAAUAUUCUCGAACGUUGCCGCUAAAGAGGAGCAUGUACGACGAGGCCAAUUGGCAGAUGUUUGUCUCGAUACGCCAUUGUGCAAUGGACACACUACCAGCAUGGACAUAUUGUGGACGGGCACGCCCGUAGUCACGUUACCCGGGGAGACUUUGGCUUCUAGAGUGGCUGCUUCCCAACUGAAUACACUUGGGUGCCCUGAUCUGAUCGCUAGGACACGACAGGAAUACCAAGAUAUAGCUGUAAGAUUAGGGACAGACCGAGAGUACCUCAAAGCGAUUCGUGCCAAAGUAUGGACGGCGCGUACAGAGAGUCCACUCUUUGAUUGCAAAGCCUAUGCGACCGGCCUAGAAAUGUUAUAUAACAAAAUGUGGCAAAGGCACUCCCGUGGCGAUCGCAUUGACCACGUGCAAGCGAUAGAGAAAUAGGCCACGAGCCACUCUGACGACAGUGAAGGGACUUCUAAGAAACGCCGUUGGUGCUAAAACCAGUGAAAAGUGAUUCGGACAGUGUGAAUUUUGAUAAAUAUAAAGUGUUUCUCAAAGCUCAAUUGUUUGAUCAUUGCGAUUAGUGGUAGCCGUAGAGUGGAUAAAUUUGCCAGUUGUUUUACUAUUCAACAUGUAAUAGUUAACGCUAUAGGUUAGAACACUGACUCUUCUAAUAUGUGUAUGUUAGAGUGUUUACAUUAAUUUACAUUCAUGUAUAUUUAAUGAAUUUUGACGAGAAACGGUAUGGGAAAGUGGAUGAAAUUGAGAACUCAUUGAAUGCAUAGUGAAAAGUGCAGUUUAGCGAGAAACAAAACGGUUGGAAACCAUUAAUAUUAAAUUACUAAGUUAUAUAUAAGCAAUUUUAUCUAUGUAUCACAUUUUAUUCAUGCAUUAACAAAUGUUUUUUGGACAGUUUCUAGUCAAGUGCUAACAAAUACUACUAGGUUUUAUGGACUUCCAUUUUAACAUAGGUCACCUUUGAGUUGUAUUGAUUGAUUGCAAUUAUACUUAGAAGAGAUUACUAUUUUUGAAGCAAUAAAAUAUAUACAAUUGUUAAUAGUAUUGUGGCCUUGCUAGUACUUACAGAUAACCGCAAAGAAAAUAAUUCAGCUUUCGUGUUAAAAAGUCUGAUAGAAUUUCAUCAGUGUUGACUGUGUGAUAGUUUGAAAUGGUUUAUGUAUUUUGUAUGGAUGAAUUGAGACAUAACAAGAAAAUAUGUAAUAGUAUUUGGCUUUUCGACUAACGUGUUGGUCUUAUGCAUUUUGGAUCAUAGUCAAAUAGUUGCCUACUUAAAGUAAAAAAUAUACACAGUAUGAAUUUCCAUUGAGUAAAAUACCAGUAAGGAAUAUGUAUUUAAUUAUUAUAAAAUGAUGUAGUUCCUUCUAUACCAUUAUGCAUGCAUAAAAACAUACAGUGCUAAGGAAUUAUGUUUUCAAUACAAUGAGAUAAUGGUCAGAAAAGUUUUGAAAACAAAGGCGUAUGCUUUGAAUUAAUGGUUUGAUUUCAAAACAAUUGCACUGAGUAUGCUAGAAUACCCGAGCCUAAAUAAGACUGAAUAUAGAAACACAUUGAACUAAAUUGGCCAUCAUUUGCAUAGUUCAAUUUAGUUGAAUAAAUCAACCGUGACGUUUAUUAGCUAAUACACCGUUAAUAAACUAAGUAAUUAUUUGUGAUAGUAUGAUAGAAAAGGCUAUGCUAUACAUAAGACGUUUAGUUUUGCUUUUAGUAAUAUGUUUUUGUUUUACUCCUAUUCUCAAUAAACGGGCGUCAAACUACCUUGAGAAAUGGAGCAUUCGAAGCAUCGAAUAUAAUGAUAAUAUUUGUAGAUUUUCAUAGAGAAACAGUAUGUAUAUAUCUUUUGCGACUAAAUGAAGUGCGAGUUUUUUGUUUAACAUCAUAAUUUCUGUAAUAUGUAUUUUUUUUACAAGUUUGAAAUAAAAAAAAAACAUAUUCAGC